GCCCAGCCCCUUUUGAGAUAAUAGCCUCAUCUGCUGGCAAACAGACCUGUCACUCUUGGCAUGACCUGUCAAUCAGAAAACUCUCAGCCAAUGAGAUGCGAGUGGGAUGCACUCUUAAGUGUGGUGACUUUUGAAGGUAUUACCAGAUGUUGACUUGAACAUAUACAAGUGAACCAUUCAAGGUGGCCACAGUCACUUUUGCGACAGACUACAUGGCAAAGUAUAUGGAGUUCUUAUACAUAUAACAUCAAAUUUUGGGAUGGAUUAACACAGUGCCAUUGGAUUUAAAAGGGGAAAAACAUGCCAAACAGUGCCAAAGAUUCACCAAGUUCACAAAGUUUGUUGUACUGUUAACCUGGAAUCUUCUUGGAAAGGAUGGAUACCAGCAGAUAUAUGCUUCUGUUUGGAUUUAAGUUAUUUAUUUCACUUGUACUAGUCUUUCUCGUGAGCCAGCAAGGAGAGGCUGUAGUAACCACAGGAUCAAGUGAUGUCAGGCAUCCAAUAUUUCUCCAAGAACCAGAACCCCAUAACUACAUUGUGAAAAGUAAACCUGUAACUAUUACUUGCCAAGCCAUCAAUGCAGUGGACAUUACAUUCAGAUGUGCAGAAGAAUGGGUGCCACUAAAACGCCAUGUCCGAGCAGAUUUCACGCAUCCAGAGACUGGAGAAGCAGUUUUACAAGCUAGUGUGGAGGUGACUCGCCAAGCAGUCGAGGAAUAUUUUGGAAUAGAUGGUUACUGGUGUGAAUGCAAUGCAUGGACAGAGAUUCCGAGUCCUGAUCGACCGUGGACAGGCGAUAAUCCUCCUCCCGCUCAUGUGUCAAGCCGACGGGGGCUGGUCCAGGUUGCUUUCAUACGUAAAAGAUUUGAACGAGAACCAAUAAGCACAAGUGUGGAGUUGGAGAAGCCAGUGCAACUUCACUGUUUGCCCCCCACUGGCGUCCCACCACCUGAGGUAUUCUGGUUGAAAGACGGACAAGUUAUUAAUGACAAGGAAGAGACCAAUUUCAUUAUCUCCAAUGAAGGGAAUUUGAUCAUCAGCCAAGCUCGCCUGUCGGACCAGGGAAACUUCACCUGCGGAGCGAUAAAUGUGGCUGCAACAAGAAAAUCAGAAUCUGCUGAGCUUAUUGUUUAUGUGAAAGGAGCCUGGUCUACCUGGUCACAAUGGAGCGACUGCGACAGCAAGUGUGGCAAAGGUUUCCAGAGCCGCUCGCGUACAUGUAGCAACCCUGCUCCUCUUAACAAUGGCUCUCCUUGUCCUGGAGACUGGGAACAAAAGGUCCCCUGUACCACCGUCUGUCCAGUGGAUUAUUACCAUAGUUCCACAGUCUCCUCCACACUGGGAUGGCCAGUUGAUGGUGGCUGGUCCACUUGGGCCUCUUGGUCUACCUGCAACGAAGACUGCAAGCACUUCAGACGCAGACGAUGUGACAACCCACCGCCUCAAAACAAUGGCAAACAUUGCGAAUCCACUGACUUGAACAUCACAAACUGCACUGGAGGCUUAUGCAGAGAAUUCCCUGGAUCAGAUGUCUAUGCAGAAAGAACUGAAAAACCUGGGCAAGAUGUAAAAGAUAUUGCACUGUAUGUGGGCGUGUCCCUAGCUGUGCUAGUACUUGCAACUAUCAUUGUGAUUAUAAUAUUUAUGAUUCGAAGAAAAGACCAACGGCAAUUUGAUAUGGACUUGGGUGAGCGCAGCCUUCCCCAGUAUGAUGAUGAAGAUAAAAAGCCAGCUAAAAAUGGAGCUAUGGUCCAGCCAGAUCUUACCCAAACCAUUGCCCCUGUCAGGACCCACAGUCUAUAUGACCAGCCUCCACCCAACAACAAUCACAUAGACGCCAUGGAGAAAAUACCCAUGUUAAAUGGACACACUCACCCAGUUGAGGAUUCCCCGAUCAUCGACAAAAAAUCAAAGCAUUUGUACAUACAGCUUCCGGGAGAAGAGAAAACAGAUUCAACGGAGAAAUUGACUUUACAGAAAUCUAAAGCCUCUCUGAAAUCAUCAACUUCUGGCUCAAGGCCUCAGUCUGAAUAUGACACUGAUAAUAGUAACAGACAGUCAGUUACUUCUAAUCUGCUGCCUAGCAAUAUAGACGUUGAGGCAUUAGCGUGGGGAAAUAUUACACACGCUGGUGGGAUGCUUACCAUUCCAGAAACUGGAGUUAGUGUUAGCAUCCCAGAAGGUGCUAUUUCCAAAGGCAAUACAGAGGAAAUAUUCAUCGCAGUUUGCAGAGAUGAUAAAGACAGACCAAAAUUAUCAGAUAAGCAGACGAUCCUCAGUCCCAUCCUGCUGCUGGGUCCUCAGGGCCUUGCCCUCCACAAGCCAGUUAUUGUGUCUUUCCAGCACUGUGCCAGCCAAAAACAUGGCCUCUGGGUUAUGAGAGUAUAUGGGAGUGGGACAGCUUAUGAUGAACCACCAGCAUGGAAACAUUUAGUCACAUUUGGAGAGGAGACACUAAAUACCCCAAUUUACUGCCAAGUUGAUACAAAUUGCUGUCAUAUGAUGACUGAUCAACUGUGCCGUUAUGCUCUGAUCGGAGAAUCUAUGCAGGGGACUGCUGCGAUGAAGAGACUGAGGCUAGCUGCAUUUGCUCCUGCAGUAGCAUCUUCCAUAGAUUACAGUAUUAGAGUAUAUGUUGUUGAAGAUACGCAAGAUGCUGUAGAGGGUGUCAUUCAGCUGGAGAAAAAACUGGGGGCAGCUUUGUUGGAUAGACCAAAGCAAAUUCUCUUUCAAGAUGGUGGUAACAAUCUUUGUCUCACUAUAGAAGAACUGGCCCCAGGAUGGAGGAGUAAACUCACAGCAAAUUACCAAGAGAUUCCAUUCCGCCAUAUUUGGAGUGGUAACCAGAACAAUCUCCACUGCUCUUUCUCCCUGGAGCACACAGAUGGCCUGCAGCAGACGGUCAGCUGCAAGAUAGGAGUGUACCAAAAGUCAAUACUCGGCAAUAGAGCAGUUUUACAAAUAGUCAGCAAUCUCACUGAAAAAGUAAUUCCUAGUCCCACAGUACCAGGCAAACCCCGGGCCUCCACUACUGUCUCCAGCUCUGGCUGCAGCUCAAUGGUCACACUGGACCAGGCACAGAAAGCUUUCAGGCUUCCAAGCCAAAUCAAGACCAAGCUAUGCGCAUAUUUGGACCCACCUAACAGUCGGGGCAAUGACUGGAGAAUGCUUGCUCAAGCUCUUUGUGUAGAUAGAUAUAUUAAUUUCUUUGCCUCAAAACCAAGCCCAACAGAACAUAUUUUAGAUCUCUGGGAGGCCAGGCAUCGAGAAGAAACAGCAUUGACGGAUCUCAUGAACACUUUAAGAGUGAUGGACCGAUUUGAUGCUGCUGCUGUUUUAGAGAAAGAAUUGGGACCUUGGCUAUAGACACUUGUAUGGCAAAUGUGCUGCUGCUUGUUGAAAAUAUUGAAAAGGCCCUUCAAAGUGUUUGGGCCAUGCUUGUGCAAUCAGUUUCCGUGAUGAGUAAAACAAUCCAAAUCGUCAUGGAUAUCUAUAAGGCUUUGUGUGCUGCCAUCUAUAGGUCAUUUGACUGGAGCUUGACUGACACUCUUGGGCCUGGGAACUGACUAGCUAGUCAUCAUGCAAAAUGCCAUAAUGAAGAUGCAAUCUUCAUCACAGAGGCUUCUGUGCCAUGUCAAUAUGUUAUGAUAAUAUAAAAUAGUGUCAGACCGAAGGCAAAUUAAAUACCGGGCUGGACUCAGAAAAAGACGAGAAGUGGUGGAAGGACGAGGUCUAUUUUUUUGAAGGAUCAUAACUGAAGUCGUGAGGCAUAUUGGUGCUAAGGUUACAGUUCAGUUUUAUGACUGCGUAUGAACAGUGGUAUCACUUGCAGAGCAUGUUUCAUACCAUAUGUUCAUAGCUUUAUUACAUUAAAAAUGCUCAUUUAACAAAUCCCUAUGAUGUAACAAAGAGAAAUUCAUGUUUUGAUGUUAACUAGCUGUUGGAAAACUUACAAACCCUGAAAGAAAAAUAGCCCCAAUGAAAGAAAUUGUCUGUAAGUUGAUGGAAAUCUGGGAAUGCUUCUGUGUAUUGCAUCUGUGGAUUGAAACAGCCUUUCAGACCUUUGUACAUUUGUAGAGAUGUAGAAAAAUGUAUAUUUUGUUUAUAUUUGUAAAUAUCAGACUAUUAAAACUUUUAUAGCCUUGGAGUUGUAAUUAAGUUACAAUGGACAGAAGUUGUUUAGUGUACGUAGUUGCUUUAUAUGAAAAUUUAUUCACCUUCCCCAUGUUAAAGAUUUUAUGAAACACAACCAAAGCUUAGUAUCCAUUGUAGAAUAAUGAAUAGGACAUCCUUUCCUGCUGAACAAAAAAACUGCAUUUCAGACUGAAAACAAUCUAGACUAUAGUAAUCAGAGUAACCAGAAAGCUUAAAUGUACUUCUUUCUAGGCUCUUUUACUCCAGGUAUAAAUUUAUAUUUUUUAGAUUGAGCUAAGAUUGUAGAUAAAUGGCAAAAGAAAGUAGAAUAUUCUAUGUUAUUAUCAAAAACAUACGGUUUCUACACAUUGUGAGUAGCAUUAACCAUCCAUUUUGAUGCCAAGUGGGGUCCGUACGACUAAGCAUUAUAUUAUUGUGACUUGUUAACCAUAAUUAAGUUUAUAAAUCCAGAUAGUAGCACAAGCAUCACCUAUAACAGCAUUAAAAAAUAGCAGUUCUUUAUGUAAUUGGUAGUUAUGUUAUUAUUUAUCUUGCUAAAAUUGUUGUCUCGGAGGUUAUUUCUUCCAAUAGCCAAAAUGUUUUAUAGGUAGUCCUAAAGUUAAUAUAUGAGCACGUUAUAAAUGGAAAAAAAGAGGCAUUCUGUGUAUAUUCAGAGACAAAACUUGAAGGAAAACAUAAGCAAAUAUUUGUAAUAAACAGCUGAAGAAAUACA